UCGAACUCCUGGACCAUGCUCAUCCUUGUCCCUUGAACAUCCUGUUCACUUUUGACCACAUAAUAACAGCACCUUGACGAACCACCGAAAGAACAUAGAAGCAGACCCAUGCAGACCUGGCGGGUUCGAGAGCGCUGUGUGGAGGGCGUGUCAUGGAUACCCGUAGCUAUUUGCCUUGUAUUGAUAGGAUGGAGCUACUAUGUGUUUGCGUUCUCUGUAUGUCGUUACCUGCUCACGCACGAACAUGUCGGCCAAGGGACGAUAUAUCUCUGCAUGGUGACAGCGAUAGUCGUGCUUGUCCUCUGGAGCUACUCCCUUGCCAGUUUUGCAUCUCCAGGGUAUCCAUCAGAGAUCCUACAGGUGCAUCCAGGGUAUCAUAGAGCCGCUCAGGAUGACACAAGAAUAAUCGAUCAAGAGGACGCAGCUCAUGUGGGACUGUUAGAACCAGAGCAGUUUUACUUGUCUCCUCCAUCUAGUGCCAACGAAUCGCCCCUGCAGGCAGAUGAAAUACGGAGAGCAGCGAUGACCAGGGAUCAAGGACGUCAGAUAUUGCCGGAAGACAUUGAUAUCGCCGAUCACAGUCAGCAACAGUAUUUGGACCCGGAACAGGACAGCGGACUAAUUGACCCUUGGGCGCGGGAAACGACAUCUCAGCAUGGUCACAGCCAACCUUCGACAUCCUAUUUGGUACCGCCACCAAUGCCUCCUCUUCAGUCUAUUGGAAAACAACGACAGGAUCACACUGCUGUGAGCAUACCGGAUGGGAACGUGGAUGAUCGACCGCUCCAGGAGAACUGCCGACGUACGGGUCGCGGUGGAUAUGAUGGCGACAAUGAGGAUGCAGCCGAUGCAGAGGAUAACGAGCCCCUUGGGCGGUCGAUCCGGCGAUUCACAGUCAAGCGGGAUGGCAAGAUGCGAUACUGUCAAAAGUGCAAAUUCGAAAAGCCUGACAGAACACAUCAUUGCUCCUCGUGCAAACGAUGCGUUCUCAAGAUGGACCAUCACUGUCCAUGGCUCAAUAAUUGCGUUGGACACAAGAAUUACAAGGCCUUUUUUCUGUUUGUUUUAUGGACGGCGAUUUAUUGUGUGGCCAUUGUGGCAUGCACCAUACCCGUAGCUGCCGAGGCUGUCAACGUCCCCUAUGGCGAGAACGAAUUUGAUCCGCAGUGGAUCUUUAUAAUUAUUGCCGGUAUGAUUUUCGGACUGUGCCUGGCUCCGUUUGCGAUCCACCAUGCGCUAUUGAUCAAGUCGAACAAGACGACGAUCGAGAGCUUCGAGAAACACAAAUACAAGAUGGGUAAUAGUGGCGAGGUCAUGCACAGUCGUGUUCUCAACGUCUUUGAUCUCGGCAGGAAACAAAACUUUGUGCAAGUGUUGGGACCUGUGUGGUACCUUUGGUUGGUGCCAGUUCGGAAUUCGAUUGGCGAUGGCUGGAGCUUUCCUGCGAACGACUAUGGCAGGAGCAUGCUCUACGUGGACGACGAUGUCAACUCCGUUCACAGUCGCUACACCAGCAACUAUCAUCAGUGGACCCCUACCAGCUCAUCUUCGCCAGGACUGGAGCCGCAUCACCACCGCCAUCGUGAUCGGAAUAGCCAGAGCAACAAUGCACUCCUUCUCACCCACACCCAGUAUCAUCAAUCCGAGGCUUUGCAGGACGAUAGUGGUAAUCAUUCUGGAUACAAUUCUUUUGAUCUGAACGAUACGGAUGACCUAGAUCAGGAUUUUGUCCGUCGCGAUAGCGACGAAAGCGACCGCGAUGAGGAGGGUGGUAAUCGCCGACGAUACCAGCAGCCGACACCAAGGCGUUUUCGUCAGUACAGAGGACUCCCACCAACAAUGAACGAUUCUGAGGACGAGGGCGCAGAAGAGUAUUUGUACGAUAGUGAUGAGCCCGCCACGAUCCGCUUCACAGACAACGGUCGCUGAACGGACCAUGCAUUGUCCACGCCAUGCACACGCAUUUAUAAUUUUAACAACUGCAUGUACAAGCUAAUAUCAAGCAUUAUCAUUUAACAAGCACUCAAGUAGGUCCACAUAGAAAUAAUAAAUUCCAUAAAGUUCAAAUGGCACAUUCCAGGGGUUUU